AAACUACACAACUCCUCUAGUUUCCGCCACCCCACCAGCAGCGUCGCACUUUCUUUUUGCCUCCACAAAAUUUCCCAGCUUCUAUAAUCCAAACUUUCUUGGGAAAGUUUCGAUUUUUCCACUCACCAAACAGGAAAAUCUACAAUGGAGGCACUGAAAAUGAGAGUAUUUUUGGCGAUUGUGGUUGUUGUCAUGGCCAUUUCUGCUAUUCAGAAUGUGGGUGCUCAGGAAGCCCCAGCGCCUAGCCCUGCCUCUGAUGCCACUGUUUUUGUACCUACAGUCUUCGCAUCUCUUGCAGCUCUUGCUUUUGGGCUCCUCGUUUAAAUGGGUAUUUGAAUAAAUUCUUAAUUUUUUAAUGGGUAAAUUAUGAGUUCUUUGCCUUAGGCUCUUUCUUUCCUCCUUAUUAGAUUUGAGCCUUUGUUGAGAUUGUAAUCAUGGGGGCUGAAAGAGGUUGAGAGACUCUUGCUGUCUUUUGAUUUUUCGUUUAUCGUGAUGUUUAUGAUCAUUUCAUUAUUUGUAUAAUUGAUGUGAGUUCUUGAUAAUAAUAUUAUUAUUUUUUGUACAA